AUGCCCCAAGGCACGUCCACUCCGUGGUCAUACAUACUCAUACGACUUCUGUUCAAAUUCGUACUCAAAAUUUUCUACGGGACCAUAGUGGUCGAGAAUGCCGAGCUCAUUCCAAAGUCCGGAGAGCCAUGUAUCGUCUGUGCAAACCACAGCAACUCGUUGACGGAUGCAUUGGUUCUGGUUACCGCUAUCCCCUCUAGGACUCGGAACAUGCUGCGCCUCACCGCAAAAUCGACGCAGUUCGGACGCAGGACGUUCACAAGCUGGCUCAUUGAAUCUGCAGGUACCGUGCCCAUCAAGAGGCGCAAGGAUUUCAGCGAUGAAGACGUAGACAAUACUGAGGUGAUGGGGGAGCUCAUGAAAGCUUUAGAGCUCGGGGACGCCAUCUGUCUGUUCCCAGAGGGUAUGAGUCGUUACCACCCUACCAUUGCUCCGUUGAAAACUGGAGUCGCGCGUAUUGUUUCCGAUGUUCUAACUCGCAGCCGAGACAAAGCCGACUUCUCCAUAUCGAUCCUCACUUGUUCCAUAACCUACAUGCACCGCCAACAUUUCCGUUCAGACGUUCUGGUUACUUUUCAUCGCCCUAUGAAGUUCACUCCCAAGGCCAAUCCGGAGCUCGUUGCACCUGUCGAUUUCAAUCGCAUCCGAGAAGUCACUUCGCGCAUGCAAGAGCUGAUAAGCUCCGGCACAAUUGAUGCACCCUCAUGGGAUUUAGUCCGUUCUGCGAAACUUGCCUCAAGGAUGUACGCUCCGUUAGGGACGCGUAUGAGCCUAGGGGACCACGUCCGCUUGACGCGCACGUUUGCUGAAGCUUUGAAGGCACCAGAACACUCCCAUGAACAAGAUACAAUGACUGGAACCGGUACAUGUGGAGAGAAGGAUAUAGAAAUCCAAUCUUUGCGGCGUGACCUGAAGGUGGGUAGCAACUACCAAGACCGGCUAGUUCGCUUGGGCAUCAAAGACGAUCGUAUCCGUCGCCCGCUGACAAGACGCACCAUCCUUCUACGGAUGUGCAUUCGUCUUUCGUGGUCACUUGUUCUCUUUAUUAUAUCUAUCCCGGGCCUCAUAUUGUGGACACCCGUUUUCCUCACCACGUUCUAUGCAGUGCACAAUUUCAAAAAGAGCGGGCCAAUCUGGGACACCUGGGACGAGAUUGCUCAAUACAAACUCGUGUACGGACUAUUCUCAGGCGGAUUUGUCUGGCUUACCUCUAUAUUGCUCACGCUGCCCGUCGCGUCUUUUACCGCACUCGUAGUUCCCUUACUGAUGUGGAUGACGCUGAGAUGGUUGGAAGAUGCCAUUGCAGCGUUUAGGGCGUUCACUGCACUCACGCGUUUGUUGAGAGCUGGUGAGGCUGCAACAAGGGAAAUGCGGGAUGUACGCGAAGAUUUGUACACGAGGGUAAAGGACUUGGCUAUAGGGACGCUUGGUCUCUCGGAAGAUCCGGAGAAACACUUUCUGGAAAGAGGUGGUCGUGAAAAGGGGAGAGUAAGAGGCAGGCUGGAAAGUGGUGCCAAGUACUUUUCUGUCCGUCGCAGGAGGAAGAGGGACUGGAACGAAACACUGAGGCUGUAUGACAAGGUAGACUACCCGGAGGAGGGCUUAUGA